AUGAAUUAAGUUAUGACUUUAGGUUGUGUUUCAAAAAAGAUGAUGGACACUUAUGCAGUUUAAGUCUUCUGUAUGAAUACUUGGGAUCAUUGUUGUUUAAUCUAUCACAAAAAAAAAAUGCUUAUUAAAUACCAUUAUUUAGAAUAGAAGAUUGUCAGAUAAAUUUUAUGGUGUAAAAAAAAAUCAUAUAGAAUAUUUGAUAUUACUAUGUCUAAAAAGUAAAGAUUAUACUUUUUAUUGUGUUAAGAUUGGUUUAUUUACUUCCUGAAUUUUGAAUUUCAGAUUGUUAAUAAAGUUUAAAUGGAAUGCAAAUAAUUUACAAAUCUGUUAUUCCUUGAUCAUUUAAGUACAUUUGUAAUGGUAUAAUUCAAUUCAGUAAGUAUAUUUGAAAUCUAAAUGAAAGAAAGAUUUAAAAUUGUUAAAUAUUAAGAAUUGAGUGGAUCUUUGGAAUGGAAUAGAUAAUGUAAAUUAUUAGAUUACUUUUACAUCUUAUAUAAUUCUCAAAAUAUAACUAUAUAUGAUUUGAGAACUAUUAAACAUUUAGGAUCAAUUUAAUUAGGUUUAACUAUAUCAGACAUCUAUUAUAUUAAUGAUUUAUUAUAUUUGGGAGAUGUCUAUGGUACUCUUUGGUGUUAUGAUUUAAAAGGUACUCUUUAAUAUUUCCACGAACAUGCUCAUGAUGGUUAAAUUGUUAGUAUGACAGUUUAUAAAGAAGAAUUAUUUACAGUUGCAAAUGAUCUCUUUAUUAAAGUGUGGAAAUUGAAUAAUCUCAUAUUUUGUCAAUCAUAUCCAAUCUAUCAAUAAUAGAUAUAGUAUUUCAAAUUCAUCAAUUAUUCUAAAUACUUCAUAUAAUCAACAGAUUAAUUAUUUAUUUGUGAUUUAAACCAUAUAUUGUAAGCUUAUUAUUUACAUAAUUCAUCUGUUUCUGCAAUGUCCACUUAAUGUAUAGCCUUCAAAAAUCAUGUUUAUUAUUCUAAUUAAACUCAUAAAGUAUUAAUAGCUCCUAAUUCUGUUUAUUAAGUAAUCUAAAUUAUAGAUAGUCCAAAUCAACCUAAUACAUAUUACUUACAUUUAUAAAAUUAAACUUUAGCCAAAUGGGUCAAUAAUUAAUAGAUUGAAGUACUCAAUUUUGAUAAAAUCAGAACUAUAAAUGGAGAUAAAAUCAAUUAACAAAUAACAUUUGUUUAAAUUAUAGCUCUUUCUCCUCCUCUCUAUGAUGUUGAAUUAACUAUUGAUUCAAAAGAUCAAAAUAAAAUCUCUAAAAUGCUUGAAAAUGCAGAUUAAUCUCUAUUUUUUAUUUUGGGUUGUUCCAAAGGAGCUGUAUUAUGUGUUCCAUUAGAACAUUUUACAAUAAUUUAUACACGUGUAAAUUAUAAUAAAAAUGCAAUUUCAGAUAUUGUAUAUUUUAAUGAUCAAUUGAUUAUUAAAAGUAUUGAUAAUGUUAUCAAUUUCGUUUAAAUUUAAUCUAAUAAAACUUAAUUAAUUAAAACAAUUAUACUUGUUAAAUUAGGACCUAUUCAUUUAACUUAAGCUAAAUAUUUAGUAAUUGCACAAUCAAAUGAGUUAUAUGUAUUUAAUUCAAAAUUAGAAGCUUAUGAAACUAAUGCUGGACAUGAAGCUGAUAUAAAAUAAAUUACUAGCAAUCAAAAUUUUAUUGUAAGCAAUUCUUUAUAAUAACUUAAAAUAUGGACUAUCUAAGGAUUUUGCAUUUAUACAAUCAAUUUUCAUGUCUAAAUAGAUUAUAUCUUUUAUAUAAAAGAUGAUCUUAUUACUAGCUUAAAUGGAGGACUAUGUCAUUUACCAAUACCAGAACAUGAAACUAUAGAGAUUGAUACUCAUGAAUAUAAUAAAAUAAUAAUUUAGGAUUUGGCAGUACCCAAAAAACAAUCAUCUAUAAAAUAAGAAUCAUAAUUAUUAUAAUAAUAAUCAUUUAUUUAAUAAAAUUAUGAAUUCAAAUAAACCUUAGAACUUCCAAAAAUUAAAUUAAAGGUUUAAACAUAAAAUUAUUAUGAUAAUCCUUAGACUCCAAUUCAAAAAAAAUAUUAUACUCUUCAUACUGCAACCAAUAAAAGUACUAACACAAGCACAUCUAAUUCUCAUAUUCCUAUUAGUUAAAGUUUUGAUUCUUGUGUUUAAAAUGCAGAAGAUACUAGUUGUGUCUUACCUGCCAUACCUAAACAAAAAGAAGAUACAUCCUUAUUAAAUCAGUACCUAAUUAGAAGAGUCAAAAAAGGACAGCCAAGAAAUAGAAGAGAAUGGACAUUAGAUAAAAAGAUUAUGGGUAAUAUUUUAUAAAUAACUUGA